CAAUUACUUGUAAAUUUUUUUAUUUCUAUUGAAAAAGGAAUUUUUAGUUAUAAAUUGUGUGUUAGUAUUUAAAAAACUAGUUAUGUUAAAUUUACAGAAAACAGAUUAUAGUUUUCCAAAUUUUUUUUAUGUCAUUUAUGUUAGUGUAUUUGAAUGAGAAAAAUAUUUGGACUUUAUACGAUUAACCUGGUAAAGCAGGAAAACUUUUUUUAUUGAUAGUUUUUCCAGACAGACUAUUGUAACAACUUUGCUAAUACUAAUGAUACAUGUUUACUUCAAGAAUACUGUGAGUUUUUAAUGUAUUUUUAAACAAUAUAAGUUUUAGAAAAAUCACAAGUAAUGUCAAAUACUAGGAAAACUAAAUUCAUCACAGGCAAUGAUUAUACCUAAAUGCUAUCUUAUGGUGGUUGUAUGCUAAUUUUGACAUCAUGUUGCCAAUAGUAAAAGAGGAGAUGUUGACUGAAGGUUAUCAGUUGCAUGUUAACAUAGACAGCAUACCACCACCCCCAACAGUACUCGCAGCACCAUCAUCUUUUCCCGGAAGCCCUAAAACGCCUAAAAAACAGACAUUGAAGACUUAUAGUGAGAUACAAAAUCUUAUAGUAUCUGGUUAUCAUAAGGAUGUUAAAAAAAUAUUACGUGAUAAUUGCUGGCCAACUAAUCAUCCAAUAAGAUCACAAUUAUGGCCAGCACUAUGUAAACAACAUGUUUCUGACAACAGUAACAAUAUGCAAGAGGGAUUCUAUUGGGAUCUUGUUGCUCAGUUGUUUGGAUCGACUGACCUUUCAAAUAAAUCAAGUAUUUUACCACCAUUUGUUGAUGCCAAACAUCGACAUUUAUAUCAUCUCAACUCUACAGGAAAAGAUAUUACUGACAGAGUAGUAUGUGUGUUGGGAUUUGCUUGUCCAGAUAUUACUUACAGUCCAGCAAUAUAUUCAUUAGCGUCAUUGUUACUACAUUUUAUGCCAGAAGAAGAAUGUUAUAACAGUUUAACUAGUCUCAUGUCAUCUAAAAAAUUGGUUUUUGUAACUCAAACUAAGUUAUUAUAUGAAGUAACUUGGAAAACUGUAAUGCACAUUUGUAGAAAGCAUGUUAAAUCUGCAGCUGGUCAUAUUGGAAAACAUUGUCCAAUCAAAAAGUCUGAAAAAAUGUACAUGGAUUGGAUAUGGUGGAUAUUUCAAGGACUUCCUUUUCAUCAUGCAGUUAGAGUCAUGGAUUGCUAUCUUCAUGAAGGUAUCAAAGUUCUAUAUAGAGUAUCAAUGGCAAUACUGCAAUUGUUUUAUAAGUAUUCAUCAUCAAGCAAUUCCAUUUGGGCUGAAGAGAUAAUAAGUCAUGGAGUAGAUGUAGCAUUAAUGAAUUUUUGCCGACAGAUGCCAGCUAAUCCACAAAAAAUGCUUAAAGUGGCUUUUAAAAUUCGUGGUCUUAGCUCAACAUAUAUUCACAGAGUAUUUGUGAAGACUGAGAUGACUUUGAAAAGUAAGACUGUUUUGUCCGGUUCUAAACAACUAAAUCGUUCCUGUUCUAGUGAAAAUUUACCCACUAGUCAAUCUCAAAUGAACAUACAAAUGGCAUCACAUACUUUAACUAUUAGAGAGGGACAGCAUUCGCCAAGCCCUAGAGCUUCCACGAUGGCAAGUUAUCCGAUUAACAAUAUAAGAUCGUUGAUAGCUAACCAUCAGGAUCUUUUUACUCUUUGGUCGUGGCUACCAGUUAGGAUAACUAUGUAUCAACCAAUACUUCUUUAUACCACAGAAGAACAUGGCUGCAGUUUAACUACUUUUUAUGUGAGGGUUGAACAUCAUGAACCUACUCUUAUGCUUAUUAAAACUUGUAAUAAUGAAGUAUUUGGUGCUUAUUGUUCUUCAAAAUGGCUAGAAAGGAAUAAGAAGGAUGAUCGUGGUAAUCGUACUGCAUAUUUUGGAACAGGAGAAACAUUUUUAUUUAGCCUUUAUCCUGGGAAAGCUAAGUAUCCAUGGGUUGGUAUGGAAGUGGAUAAUGUAAAUCAUGCCAAUGAGUUAUUUAUGGCUGCUGAUCAAAAAAUGAUAACAAUUGGUGGAGGUGAUGGUCAAGCAAUUUGGAUGGAUGAAAAUGUGCGAUAUGGAAAGUCUGAAAGUUGUUCCACUUUUAAUAACCCUCCUUUGUGUAAAAGUCGUGAUUUUGAAAUUAAAGUGUUGGAAGUUUAUGGCUUUGAUGGAGUAAUUCUAUAAAAUGACAUUUUCAAGAGGCAAGUUUACUAGUCAUGUUUUAUCUCUCUUUCUCUCUCCUUUCUCACUCUUUUUUAUACUUUUUGUAUUGUUUCUCAUUUAGAUAUUAAGAGAAAAUAAAUUAUUGUUAAUUUUUUUAUGUUGUUAAGAGGUAUCAUGGUAAUGACAUGAUGAAUUUUAGUUCCUGGUUUUUGAAAAAAAAUACUUAAUUAAGAAUGCUGCUGUUAUGUAAAUGUUGAUUGUGUUAAUUAUUAUGUUAUUUUGCUAGAUUAUAAAUACAGUCUGUUUCAUAAAUAAAAAUUACUUAUGUGAAGUUUGUAAAACAUAAGAAAUUUCAUCCUAAAAAUCAUGUUAUAUUAACUCAUAAUAAUAUACAACAUAUUUUAUUAAAGACUUUAAUAUUUUAGGAUUGCAAU